AUGUUUCCGAGCGUCCCCAGUACCCCUCUCUUUCUCGGAGCUCUGUUUAUAUGCGCCUCGGCACACCUCAUCACGGGCUGUCAGAAUAUUGAUCUGUACGCCGGCGUGCUCGAUCCGUCCCUGGAGCUACAGAGGUACAGCCCUCACCAGCUGACCGGAGGCCUGUCGACCCGCAUCAGCCCCUGCACGUGCUGCGCUCUCUGCCACCAUCGGCCCACCUGCCAGAGCGUCUCCUAUGACCCCGCGAGCAGCGAGUGCAUCCUCUACUCCACCGUGGGGACUCUCCGCCAGCUGACACGUAACCAGAGCAACCAGCAUCCGCUGCACUUCUUUCUCCCGCGCCACUCGCAGACAGACCAGUUCUGCCUCCGUAACUCGGACUGUAUCAUGCCCGGUGACCUGUGCCGGGCUCACAUCUGCACACCAGAGCUCACCGUCACCUGUCGCCACCUGUUCAACAUGGCCAGACGCCUGUCCAGCGCCAGGCACUGGACGCACAUCAACGGAACUGAUGUGAUAACAGAGUGCUACAGGAACCGCUCUGACGGGGGGUACACGCUGCUGCUCAACUCCGUGUCCGGCUACCAGUGGACUCGGGAGGACAGGCUGAGGCGCAUCAAGACAGACGACGAAGGCAGGCCAAUGGUGCGCCAGCAGUACUCCAUCCUCUGGUUGGCUGACGCAAUUCGCGACUCGUCUGAAAAUCAAGAGUACGAUGUCUAUUUGAUCUUCACAACGAAAGAAACCCCUGGCAGAGGCGGCGCAAACGUGACCGAAAGAGUGGCGAUGACCUUCAGAGCACCGAAACACCUCAGCCUCAUCAGUCACGAGCCCACACCGCAGGAACUCUACAGCAUGACAACGACCAUGGAGCUACAGUUCGAACACUCCUUCCCCUACUUGACCGAAAGGGGCGGCAACCUGUACCACAUUAACGCAGACGCCACCUCUGGGCUAGGCGCCCUGAUCCGCGGCAACAAGGCGCCUCUGACCAUGCAGUUUGGUGAGAUUCACUCUGUUCGACUGUACAUCAGAGAAUAGACUCGUCUGACAGAGACAGAGACAGAGAGACCUAUACAUCAUAGGCAGAGACCUAUAUAUCGGGUGUAAUGUAACCUAUACCGGGAGACCUAUAUACCGGGUGUACCUAUAUAUCCAGGGCGUAACUCAUAUACCGGGUAUAAUGGACCGAUCAGGGAAUAGGGCGACUCCCAUAGACAGUCUAGAUCCAUGGGAGAAGCAGGGUUCGAAACUGAUUCGUUCCCAGUCCUGGCGUAGCAUCUCGUCCCUCAGC